GACAGACUGACUCUGAAGUGACUCAGAGAGACAGACUGACUCUGAAGUGACUCAGAGAGACAGACUGACUGACUCUCUCAACCCCUGACUGAAGGACUGACCACAGGGUUUUGAUCAGAGCAGUGGCGGACACCGACAGCACGUAGCAGGUCUGUCCACAGGAGUUCUGUUCGGGGUCUAUUAGAUCCGAGACGUUAGAAUCCUCUUGACAUCUGACUUGUCAGCGCAGGGAACGGCACUGUUUAAAAAAAACGACUUGGCUACAGGUUCUCUAGAUCUCACACUCUGUACGACUUCUUCGUUGUCUUCUCGUGACUCUUGACUGUUUGUCUGUUGCGCUCAGUGGAAGCUCUGUGCCUCAUGGCUUGCUACUACAUAGUCAUCAGCUCUACUCACCUCAGCAACGGCCACUUCAGGAACAUCAAGGGAGUUUUCCGCGGACCCCUCAGCAAGAAUGGCAACAAGAACUUGGACUACGCGGAGAAGGAGAGGACGUCGACCAUGGCCAAAGCCUUGGAGGACCUGAAGGCCAACUUCUACUGUGAUCUGUGUGACAAGCAGUACUACAAGCAUCAGGAGUUUGACAACCACAUUAACUCUUAUGACCAUGCUCACAAACAGCGGCUAAAGGAGCUGAAGCAGAGAGAGUUUGCCCGGAAUGUGGCCUCUAAAACCAGGAAGGAUGAGAGGAAACAGGAGAGGGCACUCCAGAGGUUACAUGAGCUGGCCGAACAACGCAGAGAGGUCCAAUGCGCUCCAGGCAGUGGCCCCAAGUUCAAGUCUACUACUGUAGCUGUGGACGCCAGCUGCAGAGAGACUGAUGGACUGUCAGAAGAGAGCCACAACUCCACCGUGCUGGAGACCGGCACCCACAACCACACCACAGGCACCAGCACUGGCCUGGCCUCCAACAGCAAGACCCAGCAGACAUCGUACUGGCCGUACAACGGCAAGGCCAAGAAGCAAACCUACAAAAGGCACAAGAUCGCCUUCUCGUUCUCAUUCCCAAAGAAAGCAUCGGUGAAGCUGGAUUCUGCAGCGGCCGUGUUCUGUGAGAACACUGAGGAGGGUUCUAAAGAACGUACCGGAACACGGAAGCUCAGAAUUCCCCUCGUUGAGCUGAACGUCCCUGUUUCAACCACUGCAGAGGAGAAAGGACGGGGUUUUGCGGGUGUGGAGAUUAACGGCACUAAGCCUGGCGAUCUUAGCCCUAACGGUGUUAGUGAGGGGAGCCAGAAGUCUUCAGAUACGCUGUCCAGGUCUGACAUCCCCAUGGCUCCACAGGCAUCACAUCUGUAUUCUGUGCUGGUUAACUCGGAGGACAUCGCCGGACAUUAUGUGUCCUCUGUCUCCCAAUUACCUGCAUCCCUUUGUCACAUUCCCCUAGAUGACCCAGACACAGUAGUAGAUACACCAAACUCUGAGGAAACUCAGAGAAACGGCUCAACAGAGGCUGAACCGGAAACAUGCAAACAGCAACAAGUUCAUAGAGUAGAAAGGACAGUCUCGGGGGAAGAACACUUCUCCAUUAGCAGUUCUGAUGGUCCCCCUGAGAACGUCUCCUCCUCCUCUCAGUCCUCUGAGCGUCCUGGGACUGCGAGAGAGAAAGGAGAAGACAUGACGGUGGUGGUGAAGACCCUGUCGUGUCCUUUCACCAAGCCCAGUCAGCCGUUCUUCUCUGUGCUCAGCAAAGAUGGAUACACUGUUCUCCAAUGGCCUUCAGAGAUGCUGACCUUCACCAGGACAGAGCCCUGUCUCUCCUACAGCUGCAAUCCACUCCAUUUUGACUUUAGGGCCUCGCAGCAGUCGCAGAGCAGGGCGAAGGUUCGUACUGGUGACAGUCAGAGUAAGACGGAGCCGAGGUUAUCUGAGGCGUUGUGUAUCGGCUCAACCUCUGUCUGUUCUGAGGAACUAAUAGAUAACAAGCACAACAAAGAGGCCUACUCAAGGCCAGACCAUCAUAUCCCUAUCAGAGAUGACAGGGAGACAGUGGAGAGGAAGGAUUGUCUCAUAUGUGAUCACCACAUGAGUGACAUAGACACAGAAAUCGGCAGCUUGCAACUGAAGAGACACAGCAGAGUCUACGGCAGUGGUGAAUCUAGUAGUCAGUCAAAAGAUCAGACUGGCAAGAGAGCAGCAGGCAUCAAGAAAUGUAAAUCCAGAGACCGGCGCCAUUACAGGAGCCACAAGAAGAAGAAGAGAAGGAGAAGGAGAAGGAGGAGAGGAGGAUAUGAGGAAGAGAGGCACAGAGAGACUGAGACGGAUGGAGGUGUGGAGAGCGAUGCAGAGAAAUGCAACAAAUUCCAGAGACCGUCAGAGUGUUGGGAAGGACUUGAUAGCCAAUUUAGAGGCCCCACUUCACAGCCAUUAGAGAAGUCAAAGCAAUCAGCUCAAAAUCAGGCUGACAGCGGCCACGCUGCUCCCUCUGCCACAGAGGACAGGGAGAGAGGUCACAAUGUUCUCAUCUCAGACCCUCCUGUAGGUCACAAUGUUCUCAUCUCAGACCCUCCUGUAGGUCACAAUGUUCUCAUCUCAGACCCUCCUGUAGGUCACAAUGUUCUCAUCUCAGACCCUCCUGUAGGUCACAAUGUUCUCAUCUCAGACCCUCCUGUAGGUCACAAUGUUCUCAUCUCAGACCCUCCUGUAGGUCACAAUGUUCUCAUCUCAGAACCUCCUGUAGGUCACAAUGCUCACAUCUCAGACCUUCCUGUAGGUCACAAUGUUCUCAUCUCAGACCCUCCUGUAGGUCACAAUGUUCACAUCUCAGACCUUCCUGUAGAUCACAAUGCUCACAUCUCAGACCUUCCUGUAGGUCACAAUGUUCACAUGGCAGAACCUCCUGUGGAUGUACAGUCUGAUGACAGAUGUAAGAUGAACCUCCAGAAUCUAAUGAAUACGGAUGUAGAAUACCCUGUUGUUAAAGGUCCACUGGCCAGCUGUAGUGCCCCGAGUCAGCCAGCUGUAGAGCGCAGCAGUAAGCCAAUGGGAGGCUCUCCUCGGCUCCAGAUUCAGAACAAUGUUCCCAGCGUCAAAGAAGGCAGUUCUUCCUCUCCGUCUCUACCUGGGCCUAGGUUUCAGAUACAGAAUACGGGCCCGGACAAGUCCUGUCAGCAGAGUUUCCAGAGCUACCCCAACCAACAGAGGUGCCACAGCCCCCAGCCUCCCCAGGGUCAUACCCAGCACCAGAGGUGUUAUCCUGGGAUUAGGGUUAAUGACGAGAUGGGGAUCAGGGAGGGCCUGAGGCUAGGAGGCCUUAACAUUACAGGCAGCCUGUGUAGUCCCUAUCAUAGACCCGCUAGCCCUUUCCACAAUCACAGACCUCCGAGUUUCCAUCCGCAGCACCUGUCUGACGGCAUGGAGAAACACCACUGUGUCCUUCAAAUCCAGACCCAUAGACACAUCCUCCAUCACCAUCGGCAACACCAGGUGUUCCCAGGGAAGAUGAAGCCUGUCCUGCCUGGGUCUCCUGUCCCCAUGUCUCCCUCCUGUCCUCCCAUGCUCCACCCCGUCCACCUGUCUCCCGUGCCUAACGGGUCCAUCACCAUUCUCCACCACCAGCACCACCAUGCCUACCACCAUGCAGCCUUCCUGCCCUCUCAUUCCCAGCCCCCUCUCUUCCCCCAGGUCCUGCCAGUCCCAGUCAGCCGCCAGCCUAUGGGAGCGGAUAUGUGUCUGUAUGAGAUGUAUCUGUGUGAGAUGUAUCUGUGUGAGAUGUGUCUGUAUGAGAUGUGUCUGUAUGAGAUGUAUCUGUGUGAGAUGUAUCUGUGUGAGAUGUGUCUGUAUGAGAUGUGUCUGACGCUCAUACGCUAUGGGUGCAUUCUCCCAGGACGCUCAUACGCUCUGGGUGCAUUCUCCCAGGACGCUCAUACGCUCUGGGUGCAUUCUCCCAGGACGCUCAUACGCUCUGGGUGCAUUCUCCCAGGACGCUCAUACGCUCUGGGUGCAUUCUCCCAGGACGCUCAUACGCUCUGGGUGCAUUCUCCCAGGACGCUCAUACGCUCUGGGUGCAUUCUCCCAGGACGCUCAUACGCUCUGGGUGCAUUCUCCCAGGAUGCUCAUACGCUCUGGGUGCAUUCUCCCAGGACGCUCAUACGCUCUGGGUGCAUUCUCCCAGGACGCUCUCGUGAGUACGAGGGUGUGGAGAACACAUAA